GAGGUGAAAGUUUCACCACAGGAAGAGAAACCGCAAAAUACAAUAUUGUAGCCUCCAUGAUUCGCGUGUGGAUCGGAUGAGAGGAAACAUUCCAUUCUUGUUUUAGGUAAAUAGAACAUUGGUGGAUUGGAGUUUGCUCAGCUCAGUAAAGUCCGAUAGAUAUUUUUUUUUUGCAGAGCAGAGAGAGAGAGGUAUAGAGGUCAGAAGAAUAUCUGUGCAUGAUUUUUAAUUCCUGCUCUCAGUUGCCUCAUUGAGUUGUAGACUAAGGGAAGAUGCUUCUGGAUGCAGGACCUCAGUACCCCGCUAUAGGAGUCACUACGUUCGGCUCCUCAAGGCAUCACUCAACAGGCGAAGUAACCGAAAGAGAAGUGGCUUUGGGGAUAAAUCCGUUCGCAGACGGGAUGGGAGCUUUUAAAAUCAACCACAGUUCCCAUGACUUGGGUUCCGGGCAAACGGCGUUCUCCUCCCAGGCUCCCGGUUACGCUGCUGCCGCCCUGGGUCACCACCACCACCCGACACACGUCAGCUCUUACUCCACGGCAGCGUUCAAUUCCACCCGGGACUUUCUCUUCAGAAACCGGGGCUUCGGAGACGCAACCAGCGCGCAGCACAGCCUAUUUGCCUCCGCAGCGGGAAGUUUUGCAGGGCCACAUGGACACUCCGAUGCAACCGGGCACCUGCUCUUCCCCGGACUCCACGAGCAAGCCGCCAGUCAUGCGUCUUCUAAUGUCGUCAAUAGCCAGAUGCGCCUUGGUUUUACCGGGGACAUGUACGGCCGGGCUGACCAGUAUGCCCACGUUACAAGCCCCCGAUCCGACCACUACGCCUCCUCCCAGCUGCAUGGCUAUGGCCCUAUGAACAUGAACAUGGCGGCUCACCACGGGGCAGGAGCCUUUUUCCGAUACAUGAGGCAGCCCAUCAAACAAGAGCUCAUCUGUAAGUGGGUCGAACCCGAACAGUUGUCGAAUCCCAAAAAGGCUUGCAACAAAACGUUCAGCACGAUGCACGAGCUCGUGACCCACCUGACAGUGGAGCACGUCGGUGGACCGGAGCAGUCAAAUCAUAUUUGUUUUUGGGAAGAGUGCGUCCGAGAAGGAAAACCGUUCAAAGCCAAAUACAAACUGGUAAAUCAUAUCAGAGUACACACCGGAGAGAAACCAUUUCCAUGUCCCUUCCCCGGAUGUGGAAAAGUAUUUGCCCGAUCGGAAAAUCUAAAAAUCCACAAAAGGACUCACACUGGUGAGAAGCCUUUCAAGUGUGAGUUUGAUGGCUGCGACAGGCGGUUUGCGAACAGUAGCGACCGGAAGAAACACAUGCACGUGCAUACUUCUGACAAGCCUUAUCUCUGCAAGAUGUGCGACAAAUCCUACACACAUCCCAGCUCUCUACGGAAACACAUGAAGGUUCACGAGGCUACCACGCAAGGACCUCAACCGUCGCCAGCGGCCAGUUCCGGGUACGAGUCGUCCACGCCGCCCACCAUCGUGUCCCCGUCCACAGAGAACCAGAGUUCCAGUUCCAUAUCGCCGGCAGCCUCGACAGUGCACCACACGACCAAUCACCACACCACGCUGUCGUCAAAUUUUAAUGAAUGGUACGUGUAAAAUAUUUUCACAAAAAGACUGCAGAAAUAGGACUGGAAUCAAAGACUGCAGAAAGUCAGCCUAUAACACGAGGACCGAGAAAGAAAAAAAAAAUACGAGGAAGCCAAAAUGGUUGGUUUAACGGCUAAAGAGAGAGAGAGAGAGAGAGAGAGAGAGAGAGAGAGAGAGAUGCAUGGACAAGGUGCAAAGCCAGCUACCAAGAUAUUAACGUUUUCAUUUUUUUCGUUUUUUUUUCCUGCCUCUUUUUUGAAAGACUGCAACACAAGAGAUCUCAAUGCAUGCAAUCUGCGGUUCGUGGCCUGGUUUCUUUUUUAUUUUAUUUUAUUUUUUUGUACAUAAAGAUUCCCAGUUCAAAAAAUGUAAUAUUUUAUUUUGUAAAUACUUAUAUAACAGUUUAACGGAUUUGUGCAAAUGUGGUCCCUAGAUAUAUGGAAAAUGAAAUGGUUUUAACAAUAAUAUUGCGAUGAAUAGUGUUGAUUGAAACAGAAUGUUGUAGUUGAUGUGUACCCCAAUGUGAAUUACUCAGUAUAACUACCGUCUCCACUAUAUCGACCUUACCGACUAUUAGUCUAUUAAAUGUGCUUUUUUUUGUAUUUGGUGCAACAUUUCGUCUACGGUCCAGUUGGAGUAGCACAGUACUUACCAUUGCUGUUAUUUAAAUGUCAUGUCGAUAAAUCGUGUAGUGAAAGCCUGAAACUCCGUGUCGUCUGUUUAUGUAGGCCUUCGUGAUUGAAAAAUAUAACAACUAUUUGUUCAUUACCUUGAUAAUGUCAAGGAAGUAUUACCUACAUGUAAAUAGCUAAAUUUUCCAUAUUUAUCCGCAUGUAAAAAGGGUAACACAUGUUAGAAAUGAUCGGUAUUUAUGGAGAAAUUGCGCUAGUAUGUAAAAUUUAGUUUGCAACAAAAAAAAUGUUUGGUUACAUUUCGUACUAUAUUAAAGGAUUAAAACUACAGCCAA